GCCCCCCCGAGGGUCCCCCCGGGCCCCCCGAGCCCCCCUGGCUGUGGGAGAGGAGCCCGGCCGAGAUCGCUGAGCAGGCCAGACAUGAGGCGGAGGUGGAGCACCGCGUGGCCGAGAUGAAGCGCGAGGGGUUCUGGUCCCUGCGCCGCCUGCCCAAGGUGCCGGAGCCGGCGCGGCCCAAGGUGCACUGGGAUUACCUGUGCGAGGAGAUGCAGUGGCUGGCGGCCGACUUCGCCCAGGAGAGGCGCUGGAAGAGGGGCGUGGCCAGGAAGGUGGUGCGCAUGGUGAUGCGGCACCACGAGGAGCAGCGGCAGCGCCAGGAGCGCGCCAAGCGGGAGGAGCAGGCCAAGCUGCGCCGCGUGGCCGCCGCCAUCGCCCGCGAGGUGCGCCACUUCUGGAGCAGCGUCGAGAAGGUGGUGCAGUUCAAGCAGCAGUCGCGGCUGGAGGAGAAGCGGAAGAAGGCGCUGGACCUGCAGCUGGAUUUCAUCGUGGGGCAGACGGAGCGCUACUCGGACCUGCUGAGCCGCAGCCUCAACGCGCCCCGGGGGCUCACCUGCGCAGCCUCAGCCGAGGGCCCCCCCCGGCCCCUGGGGGAGCUGCUGGGCUCCCUGCCCCCACAGGUACUUCGCCGUGACCCCGCCCCGCCCUGGGGUCCCCGCGAGGACGACGACGAAUUCACGGCUGAGGAGGAGGAGGGUGAGGACGAGGAGGACACGAUCGCGGCCCAGGAGCGCCUGGAGGGCGACAUCGAUCACCAACAGGAGCUGGAUGAGCUGGCCAGGGAGGGUGCGCUGCCCAUGGAGGAGCUGCUCCAGCGUUACCGCGGCGCCUUCACCGACUCCGACUGCGACUCCGCCCCCGCCGCCAGCAGCACCCGCUCAGACUCACCUGGCGGCGACUCGGAGGAGGAGGAGGACGACGACGACGACAGCGACGACGACGAGGACGACGACGACGACGAGGCCGACGACGAGGACGAGGAGGAGGAGGGGGAGGGGCAGGAGGGCGGGGGAGGGGCGCCAGGUGAGCCCGGAGGGGGCUCGGCCCCGCCCGCCGCGCCCGCCCAGGUGAGCCCCGCCCCGGCCGCGCCCGCGGGCCCCGCCCCCAAGAAGGAGAUCAGCGACAUCGCGGCGGCCGCGGAGAGCCUGCAGCCCAAGGGGUACACGCUGGCCACGACGCAGGUGAAGACGCCCAUCCCGCACCUGCUGCGGGGCACGCUCCGCGAGUACCAGCACAUCGGGCUGGACUGGCUGGUGACCAUGUACGAGAAGAAACUCAACGGGAUCCUGGCCGACGAGAUGGGGCUGGGCAAAACCAUCCAAACAAUAUCACUGCUGGCUCACCUGGCCUGCGAGAAAGGUAGCUGGGGCCCUCACCUGAUCAUCGUGCCCACCUCGGUGAUGCUGAAUUGGGAGAUGGAGCUCAAGCGUUGGUGCCCCAGCUUCAAAAUCCUCACCUACUACGGGGCACAGAAGGAGCGGCGCCUCAAGAGACAGGGCUGGACCAAGCCCAACGCGUUCCACGUGUGCAUCACCUCGUACAAGCUGGUGCUCCAGGACCACCAGGCCUUCCGCCGCAAGAACUGGAAGUACCUGAUCCUGGACGAGGCCCAGAACAUCAAAAACUUCAAAUCCCAGCGCUGGCAGUCCCUGCUCAACUUCAACAGCCAGCGGCGGUUGCUGCUGACGGGCACGCCGCUGCAGAACUCGCUGAUGGAGCUCUGGUCCCUGAUGCAUUUCCUGAUGCCGAGGGUGUUCCAGUCCCACCGCGAGUUCCGCGAGUGGUUCCACAACCCCCUGACCGGCAUGAUCGAGGGCAGCCAGGAGUACAACGAGAGUUUGGUGAAAAGAUUGCACAAGGUGCUGCGGCCGUUCCUGCUGCGCCGCCUCAAGGUGGACGUGGAGAAGCAAAUGCCCAAGAAGUACGAGCACGUGCUCAGGUGCCGCCUGUCCAAGCGCCAGAGGUUCCUCUACGACGACUUCAUGGGCCAGGCCAGCACCAAGGCCACCCUGGCCAGCGGUCACUUCAUGAGCGUGAUCAACGUGCUGAUGCAGCUGCGCAAGGUGUGCAACCACCCCGACCUGUUCGAGCCCCGCCCGGUCACCUCGCCGCUCGUCACACCUGGGCUCAGCCUGGGCACACCUGCGCUGGUGCUGAGGGCGCUGGAGCCACACCCCUUCCAGCAGGUGGACCUGUCCCCGUUCGAGCUGGUGUCCCUGGAGUCUCACCUGUCCCGUUACGCGGCCGAUUGGUUCCUGCCGCGCUUCCGGGUCUCGCGGCGCCUCGUGGAGGACGUGGCCGCCGCCCCCGACCCGCCCCCGCGGCCAAAGCCCGUCCGCAUGAAGGUCAACAGGAUGCUGCAGCCGGUGCCGAGGGCGGAGCCUCGGGCGGUUCUGCUGCUCCCCGCUCCUCGCCCCGCCCAGGGGGGCGUGGCCUCACCGAGCCCCGCCCCUUCCGCGCCAAACCCCGCCCCCUCGGCCUCCGGCCCCGCCCCCCUGCUGGUGACCCCGCCCCUGGUCGGCCUCGGCCACGCCCCCGGAGGUGGCCCCGCCCCCCUGGUGGCGCCGGGGGCGGGGCUGAACCUCGGGCUGGGAUUGGCUCUGGCCCCGCCCCGGGCCCCGCCCACGCUGCUGGCCCCGCCCCCUGCGGGCCCCGCCCAUGCCCUCCCGGCCGCCUCCUUGGCCACGCCCACCCCGGCGGGAGGCCACGCCCCCGUGGCCACGCCCACUCCCAGUUUGGGCAAAGGGGCGGGGCCCGGCACGGCCCCUCCCCCCCCGGCCGUGGCCACCUUCGCGCUGCCCCAGCGGCUCCUGCUGGCCCCCGACAUGCAGGCCCGCCUGCCCUGGAACGUGGUUCACCUGCUGGCAGCGGGGGGGGCCCCUCACCUGCCCGGGCCCCUGGCCCAGGUGACCCUGCUGGCCCCCGUGGGGGGAGGGGCGGCCACGCCCACCCAGAAUCAACCCGGCCUGGGGCUGCCCCUGGGCACAGGGCCCCUCCCCCACCCAUCCCCGCCCCCCCCCUGCUGCGGGUGCUGCCCCUCCCCCACCCCCAGCCCGCCCCUCCCCCCACCCAACCCCCCCCGGGCCCCUCCCCCACCCAACCCAACCAGGGCCCCUCCCCCACCCAACCCAACCCGGGCGGAGCCGGAGCCGCGACGGAAACAGCCGCCGCCGCCCCCGCGCUCCCCCUUCUACCUGGAAUCCCUGGAAUCGCGGCGGGCUCGGGGCCGGGCCGAGCGCCUGGAGCGGCUCCUGCGGCUGAACGAGCUGCGCUGCGGCCUCAGCCCCGUGUACGGCACCGAGGUGCUGGCCUUCCUCACCCUGCCCCACAAUCAACUACAGCCACAGGGAGGGGCCCUGGACAGCGCCGUGCUCGCGCCCCCGCAGCGCCUCCAGCAGAUGAAACCCAUCCUCGACAGCAGCCCCGUGUACGGCACCGAGGUGCUGGCCUUCCUCACCCUGCCCCACAAUCAACUACACACACAGCACCGGGGAGGGGCCCUGGACAGCGCCGUGCUCGCGCCCCCGCAGCGCCUCCAGCAGAUGAAACCCAUCCUCGACAGGUUCCUGGUGGCCGUGCCGGCGGUGGCCUCGCGGGGGGUGUCCCUGCACAGCGCCCGCCCCCCGCCCUGGGCGCAGCGGCAGCGGCAGCGCCUGGAGCAGCAGCUGCGCGAGGAGCUCAGGCAGCGCGGGGGGCACCUCGGGGGGGUCCUCGAGGGACCCCGGACCCAUUUCCCUGAUCCACGGCUGGUGCAGUACGACUGCGGUAAGCUGCAGGCCCUGGACGUGCUGCUGCGGCGGCUCCGCGCGGGCGGGCACCGCGUGUUGAUCUUCACGCAGAUGACACGCAUGCUCGACGUGCUCGAGCGCUUCCUCACCUUCCACGGCCACAUCUACCUGCGCCUGGACGGCUCCACCCGCGUCGAGCAGAGACAGGCCCUCAUGGAGCGCUUCAACGCCGACAAGCGAAUUUUCUGCUUCAUCCUCUCGACGCGCUCGGGCGGCGUCGGCGUCAACCUGGCGGGGGCGGACACGGUGGUGUUCUACGACUCGGACUGGAACCCCACCAUGGACGCGCAGGCGCAGGACAGGUGUCACCGCAUCGGCCAGACCCGCGACGUGCACAUCUACAGGUUGAUCAGCGAGCGCACCGUCGAGGAGAACAUCCUGAAGAAGGCGAACCAGAAGCGCCUCCUGGGGGACAUGGCCAUCGAGGGCGGCAACUUCACCACGGCCUACUUCAAACAGCAAACCAUCCGCGAGCUGUUCGACAUGGCGCCCGAGGAGCCCCCGCGGGAGCGCGACGGCGACGGCGACAGGAACAACAACGACAAAAAUGGGGACAAAAAUGACAAAAAUGACAAAAACGGGGACAGGAACGACAGAGGGGACAGGAACGGGGACAGAGGGGACAGGAACGGGGACAAGGACGGCGGGGACAGCGCCGACAAGGACGAGGACGACGAGGACCCCGCGGCCACCAGGAGGACGCACAUCCUGGAGCAGGCCCUGUGUGGCGCCGAGGACCCCGAGGACAUCCGCGCGGCGUCGCAGGCCCAGGCGGAGCACGUGGCCGCCAUGGCCGAGUUCAGCGAGAGCCUGAGCCCCGAGGACGGGGGAGGGGCGGCCGAGGAGGAGCUGAGCAAGGCGGAGCAGGAGAUCGCCGCGCUGGUGGAGCAGCUGACCCCCAUCGAGCGCUACGCCAUGAACUUCCUGGAGGCGUCGCUGGAGGACGUCAGCAGGGAGGAGCUGAAACAGGCCGAGGAGCAGGUGGAGGCCGCCCGCAAGGACAUCGACCAGGCCAAGGGGGGCGGGGGCCGCUUCCGGCUGCCCCCCCCGCCCCGGGACGGCGACGAGGAGGAGGAGGAGGAGGAAGAGCCCGGAGCGGCCGCCAUGACGGGGGGAGGGGCGGCGGCCAUGACGGGGGGAGGGGCUCCGGGCGGGGAGGAGGAGCCUCAGAGCGACAGGGGGGGAGGGGACAGAGGGGACAGAGGGGACAGGGGGGCGAGGAAACCGCGCCGGGCCCGGGGCCCGCCCCGCCCCCCCCACCCCGAGCGGCCGGGGACGCGCGCCAGCCAGCGCCUGCGGGCCGUGACGUCACCGGUGACAUCAUCCCCGCCCUCGGCGACGUCAUCGGGGGCGGCCCAGCCCGUCCCGGCGGCGCCGGCGCCCGAGGUGGGGGCGGAGCCGGAAAAGGAAGUGACGUCAUCGCCGGUUCUGCCCGCGCCGGUGACGUCAUCGCCGCCACAGGCCACGCCCCCGCCCUCCCCGCCCCCGCCCGCGGUGGUGACGUCACCGCCGCGCCCCGAGACCCCGCCCCUUCCGGUGACGUCAUCGCCGCCCCCGGUGACGUCACCGCCGCCUCCCCCCGCGACGUCAUCGCCGCCCCACCCGGCGCCGUCCCCCCCUCCCCCUGCGACCGCCGACAGCGAGAUCCGGCAGAGCCGCGGCGCCGGCCCGGCCGCCAAAGUGCUGCGGACGCUGCCGGGCCGGCUCGUCACCGUCCUGGAGACCCCUCCCCCCACCGCCGCCACCGCGGGGGGAGGGGCCUCCCGCGCCCGGCGCCGCCCCCGCGACCCCGCCCGCCCCGCCCCGCCCCCGCCCUCCUCGGCCUCCUCCCCCUCCUCGUCGUCGUCCGCCCCUCCCCCCGCCAAGCGCCGGCGCGGCCGCCCCCCCAAACGGCGCCUGCUGGGCGGGGGAGGGGCGCGCUCCCGCCGGCGCCGCCAUCUUGGGGGGCGCGGCCCCGCCCCCUCCGCGGAGGCGCGGAAGCGUCGGGGCCGCCCCGUCCGCGGGGCGGGGGCGGGGGGAGGGGCGGGGCAGUCCCCGCCCAGGAAACGCCGCCGGGGGCGCCCGCCCAAGAUGGCGUCGCCCGGGGAAGGUGGGGGAGGGGGAGGGGAGGGGUCCAACCCGCCCAGCCCCCGCCCGGCCACGCCCACCCCGCCCCGCACCACCCGGGCGCGCCCCGGGGCGCCGUUGGCCCCGCCCCUCCAGCGGGAACCGCGGCGGAGGCCACGCCCACCCGAGGACAGCGGGGACGAGGGCGUGGCCACCGCGGGCGGGGGAGGGGCCAGGAGGAGGGAGCCCCACCCCCAACCCCCGGCCAAGCGGCGGCGCGGGGGAGGCGGGGGAGGGGCCAGGACGGCGGCGGCCAGGAGGAGGCGCCGCGGUCACCGCGGCUCGGCCGCCGCCCCUCCCCGCCGGCUGCAGCCCCCCCGGCGCUGCGCGGCCGCCCCGGUGCAGGGAGGGGGAGGGGCGGCCCCCCAGGACCCCCCCGCGGGGGUGGGGGCGGCGCUGAGGGGGAGGAAGGCCAAGACGUGA